AUGCUUUCAAAGAAUAAUAUCACUGGAAUUAUCCCUGAAUCAAUAUGCAAUGCCAGUUAUCUAAGCGUUCUUGACUUAUCUGACAAUGCUUUGAGUGGCAAAAUACCCUCAUGCUUAAUUGAGAUCGAGACUCUUGCAGUGCUGAAUCUAGGGAGAAACAAGUUUAGUGGCAUUAUAUCUGGCGAAUUUCCAGGAAACUGUGUCUUACAGACUUUAGAUCUGAAUGGGAACCUUUUAGAAGGAAAAAUUCCAGUGUCUCUGGCCAAAUGCAAAGAGUUAGAGGUUUUAAACCUUGGGAACAAUCAGAUGGAUGAUAACUUUCCUUGCUGGUUGAAGAACAUAAGCAAUUUGCGUGUCCUUGUUUUGCGAGCCAACAAAUUGCAUGGACCCAUUGGAUGUCCAAAUAGCAACUCCACCUGGCCAAUGGUUCAAAUUGUGGACCUAGCUCACAACAAUUUCAGUGGUGAGUUACCAGCAAAGUGCUUCUUGACCUGGAGAGCAAUGAUGGCAGGCGACGAUGAAGUCGAAUCCAAGCAUAAAAACCUCGAAUUUGAGGUCUUAUUAGGAUGGUACUAUCAGGAUGCUGUAAGAGUUACCAGCAAAGGUCAAGAAUUGGAGUUGGUGAAGAUCCUAACGCUCUUCACCUCUAUUGACUUGUCACGCAACAAUUUCGAAGGGGAGAUACCAGAAGUAAUGGGAGACUUGACAUUACUUUAUGUUCUCAACUUAUCUGGCAAUGGUUUCACAGGGCGCAUCCCAUCAUCACUAGGACAGCUCCGACAGCUUGAGUCAUUAGACCUCUCAAUGAACAAGCUGAGCGGCGAGAUCCCUACACAGCUUGCGAGCCUAAAUUUCCUUUAA